AUGACCCUGCAGGGCUUUGGUGGAGAUCGGCUUGAUUUGGCUGGUGAAUGGGAGGAUGAGAUAGAAAUGUCCUGGAGAUGGUUUCAAGUAUUUCAUUUUAAUCCUCACAAUGACGCCCUGAGACGGGUGGGAUUUUUACCUAGGUGGAAACUGGAGCUGGAAGGUUGUGCCAUUUUCCCAAGGUCACAUAACCACCGCUUGAUGGUGCCAGCAGUUGAAACCAGCACCACGGUGCACCUUUCAGAAAAUGUUGAUGUUGAAUUUCGAUCGUGGAGGGAGGACUGUGUCUUAGUUCUGUCCACCCAGCCCAGAGAACUGAAAGGCGAGAGUGAGAGGAAGAGAUCACAUCAGGACUGGAGCCGCUUGUCAGGGGAGGACAGACCGGCUCAUGUGUUCAGAGAAGGUGGCACCCUCGGGGGUCAAAGAGGACUUGAUCCAGGUGAGGAAAUCAUUCCGGGCUUUGGGGAUGAGGGGAGCAACUUUAGGGACGCACCUUGGCAGCCCGGCCCGAGCCGGGAGCUCCUGCUCGCAGGCGUCCUCGGCGGGGCCCAGCUCGGCCUCCUGGUGGGAUUCGGGGCCAACCCGCGCGGCGGCCGCCUGCCCUCCUUCGUGCUGCUGGUGCUCCUCGUGGUGCUCGUCCUCGCCUUCAACUACUGGAGCAUCUCUCCCCGCCACAUCCAGCUCCAGGAGCGGGUGGCCGAGCUGCAGGCCCAGGUCCAGCGCACCGAGGUGGCCCGCGGGCGUCUGGAGAAGCGCAACUCGGAUCUUCUGCUCCUGGUGGACACGCACAAGAAACAGAGCGACCAGAAGGAGGCCGACUAUGACCGCCUCAGUACCCGGCUGCAGGCCAGGGAGGGCCUGGGAAAGAGGUGCGAGGAUAAGGUUAAACUACAGAACAACAUAUCAUAUCAGAUGGCAGACAUACAUCAUUUAAAAGAGCAACUUGCUGAGCUUCUCCAGGAGUUUCUUCGACAAGAAGACCAGCUUCAGGACUAUAGAAAGAACAACACUUACUUUGUGAAGAGGUUAGAAUAUGAAAGUUUUCAGUGUGGACAGCAGAUCAAGGAAUUAAGAGCACAGCAUGAAGAAAAUACUAAAAAGUUAGCAGAUCAGUUUUUGCAAGAACAAAAGCAAGAGGCCCCAAAGGUUCAAUCUGAUGGAAAAGAAUUGGGUAUAAGCAAUCAUGUAGUAUCUAAUAAUAUUCCAAAAGUAGAUGAGAAUGCUGCAAAUAAGAAUGAAGAACCCUCAAGUAAUCAUAUUCCACGUGGAAAAGAGCAAAUCAAACGAGAUGGUGAUGCAGGGAUGCCUGGAGUAGAAGAAAAUGACCUAGCUAAAGUUCAUGAUCUUCCCAUCUCUCUAAGGGAGACCCCUGUUUUAGUUUCUCAACAUGAAAAUCAUCAGACAAUCUCCCAUCUUCCAACUGGACAACCUCUCUCCCCAAAUUUGGGUCUGAAUUCACAUGUAAACCGUAACUCAGAUACUUCAAAACAGAACCCUUCCAAUCCUCUUCAGCAUUUAAAUCCUGGCUCAAACUUGGAGAGUGAACCCAGAAUUCAAAUGAAUAUACUAAAGCAAGCCACCAAGGAUAGAGUUGGUGAUUUCCACAAAUUGAAGCAAAGCCGGUUCUUUGAUGAAAAUGAAUCCCCUGUUGAUCCGCAGCAUGGCUCUAAACUGGUGGAUUAUAAUGGGGAUGAUGGUAACGUAGGUGAGUAUGAGGCAGACAAGCAGGCUGAGCUGGCUUACAAUGAGGAAGAAGAUGGUGAUGGUAGAAAGGAAGACGUCCAAGAUGAUGAAGAACAAGAGCUUCAGAUGGAUCCUGCAAACUAUGGAAAGCAGCGUUUCAAUGAUGUCCUUUAAAUACUAAAGGAAAAUUUCACAAAACCUAAAGUGCUAUAAAAUGAAAUCAUUUCUACUUUGUUAUUUUUCAUUUUUGUUGUAAAGAUCAGUUGUACCAGUUGUAAAGAUACAUUGAGGUAGAUUGAAGUAAAACCUGUAAUGAAGGAAUGUACCCAUGUACAUAUGUGAACUUUUUCAUAUUGUAUUAUCAAAGCAGAGACGUUUUUGGGUAUGAUACAAUUGAGCCAAAAAUGGUUAAUCUUUGCAUUUAAAGAAAACUAAUGUAUAUUUCACAUUUUAUUAAGCUUAAUUUUUUCCACAAAUAGCAAGAGAACAUGGUUGUACAGAUUAUAUGUUGCACAUAGCAUAACCACAGUAAGAGCAGUUACUCAGCUGAAAAGGUUUUCUACACUAAUGUAUUCUUGUGAGCCCAACAGGUGUUCUGUUCUGGGUGUCCUUCAUUUCAUGCUCUUCCAGGAGUUAUGCCUAGAAUAGUGACAUAAAUGAAGGGAAACUGGGUGCCAAGCAUGUGCAACAUGUAUACUAAAUUACCUUCCUGCUCCUUCUAUUUUACAUAAGUGCUGAUGUGUCUGGGCAGAUUAGCUUUCAGUUGAAGACUCAUGAAAGUUGAGAUAACCUUCAAAGACAUAAAUAUUUUGUUAUUUUUACUUAGUGUGAAAUUGUUGAAUGCAUUUUCAUUUUUUUCCCAUACUACCAGUACUGUUUAACUAUAGUCAGCAUUAACUAAAGUUUUAUUUUCACAGUUUGCAUUGGAGAAGAUAUUCAUGAUUUAAAUGCCAGGUCCUGAAAGGGGCUAAAUCUACCUGGAAAUGAAUCUGCAGUCAGGAUUUCAAAGCCUUCCUGAAAGUUUUAGUGAUUCUCUUUGACUGUGUAUUUUUCAGAAAUACUAUGCAAGAAAUUUUAACAAGUUUUUAUUAAUGCAAAAAUAAGGAUAGAAGUACAGUGAAGUAUAGCUGUUUUAUAAAAAUAGCUUAAAGUUUGUAAUAAAAAGGAAACUUUGUAAUUACUUACUGUUAAGAUACCAUCAACCUCAUAUUUGCUAGACUUACAAAAUUAUUUUAAAUACAUUUUGUCUUUGACACUAUUCAAUAGAAAGUGUAAGCUAGUUAAUCCUUGUUUUCUAAUUAAAGCACUUUUACAUCUUAUCCCAUGCCCCAAAAACAAAAGGUGUGGAUCAUGAAGGAAAUUUAAGGUUGUUAACUCUGUUUUUCAGGACUACUGUUAAUUCUCUCUGUAUAUGAAAUAUUGGGCUGAAAGUUUCUCUGAGUGGUAGAGCACUUGGCUCCUUGGUCCCCAGCACCACAAAACAGGCAAACAAACAUGAACUCCCCCUGCCUCCCACGCCCAGGUUCCAGUCAUAACUGAAACUUGUACAAGUUCACUUGUUGAGGUGCAAAAUUUCUUUGACUUCAGUGUGAAGUUAGUGACCAGAAAAAGAUGCAGUAAUUGACUACAGUUUUUCUACCAUAUCAAAGUAAGUAAUUUAUGCCUUCAUUAUCAGUAGGAAAGGCCUACAAUGAAUAGAUAUUAACAGUUCACAAAAUUUUUAAAUGGAGUUAAAGGGAAGUGAUAUACAUCCUUUGGGAAUUAGCAUGGGGAGAUAAAUCUAAAAAUAUUUCUAGUAAUACUUCAUAUUUAAUAUUCUAAAAUCUUUACAAAU